UAGACGAAUCGUCUCCGGCGGGUUCGUCUCCAUGGCUGGAGACGAAGGUCAUCGUCUCCGACCACUCCAUGUCCAGGGAGACGAAGAACCUUCAUCUCCUAGCCAUGGAGACGAACCCCCCCGGGAAAGUAAAGAGAGGGAAACACUCGUUGAGAGGGAAACCACAAUAAAAUGCAAAAAUGCAGAAGGAAACAAAAGUGCAAUAAAUGCAUAAGGAAAUAAAAAGAGGGAUAAAGCGAUGGAGACUGGCGAGGGAGAAGGCGGAGGUACGGUGUCGGAUGGCGGCGGUGCGACGAGUGGUGGAAGAGAGACGGCUGCGGUUGGUCCGAGAUCUGGGAAGGAAAAGGGAGAUGGUGAGCAGCUGCGGUGGGGAAGAAGGUGCGAUGGGGGAAGGACGGAGAAGCUUGUUGCGGUGUGGAAGCUUGGCGGAGGAGCCGCGGCGGUGGUGGAAGGCGGAGCAGCUAUUGCGGCGGCGGAAGGCGAGGAAACUGCUACUGGUGGUGUUGACGGCGGAGGUGCGAUGAUGACCAAGAUGAAGAGUGCAGGCGCCGCCCCCACUUAACUAGCGGAGGCGGCGACCGCCGGAAGAAAACAGGAUGUUUAGAGAGAGAUUAGGGUUUGACUGUUCAUUUCUUGGACACCAUCACAUAAUACAUUGUUAAUUUGUCAAGACUAGACAACACACUUGACCAUCAUCGAGUGCAAGGGACGAGCAAAA